CUUUCCAAGAAUGGAAGUGGUAAGAUAAAACCUCCUGGAGGGGCUAAAAUUAGCCCCAGAGCCCUGGCCCUGCUCCUCACGGUGGCAUUUCAGCUGUGAGCUGCACAGCCUGCGUCGUGCCGGUCGCUCAGAGCCGCUGUCCAUCCCUGACACAGCAAGAGCCUCUCUUUCUCUUUUCUGGUUUAAAUCGAGGAGGAACUCACCAUGGGACCACCACUGCCUCGUCCACCCUGGCUGUGAGCAGCGCCUCCCAAAGAUCUCUGCCUUGACCUUUUAUGAUGAAAGCAGUACAUGGGAGACAGCACCAAAACAAAAUGAGCCUGAUGGAUAUCAACAAAAUGUUCUGCAUGCUCCAGCCCAGAGAAGAUGAAGAUGACAAUGGAGAAAGCGAGGAGCUGAGCCAAGUGGUGUCCGAGGACAACUACCAAGCCCUCGAUAAGCUCUUGUCUCAAGACAGGUACAAAAGGUUCAUCAAUCGCAGGAGCGGCUGGGGUGUGCCCAGCACCCCCCUGCGCCUGGCCGCCACGUGGGGCUGUGUCGGGAGCAUGAAGGUCCUCCUGGCCCAUGGAGCAGAGGUGGACAGCCUGGAUGUGAAGGCUCAAACCCCACUUUUCAUGGCAGUCAGCAACGGCCACCAGGAAUGUGUGAAGAUUCUCCUGGACGCAGGUGCCAGCCCCACCGGCAGCAUCUACAACAACUGCUCGCCGCUGCUCAUUGCUGCGAGGGAUGGGAACGUGGGCAUCCUGCAGCAGCUCCUGGAUCACGGGGCAGAAACCAACGUCCACGCGAGGCUGCCCGCUUGGGCUGUCAACUCAGUGGCUUGUUCUGGCCCCCUCUACCUCGCAGCCGCGUACGGGCACCUGGAGUGCUUUCGGAUGCUGCUGCUGUACGGCGCCGAUCCCAACUACAACUGCACCGACGAGAGAGUCAUCGCCCAGAUCAAGGAGCCCAAGACCCUGCUGGAAACCUGCCUGAGGCACGGCUGCAGGAGCGACUUCAUCCAGCUGCUCAUUGACUUUGGAGCCAACGUGUACCUGCCCAGCGUCAGGGUAGAUGAGGCGACCACCCGCAGCGAGGGCCUGGAGCUGCUGCUGCAGGCGAGAGCUCACCCCAAGUCCUUGCUGUCUCAGUCCAGGCUGGUGAUGAGACGUCUCCUGAAGCAGGCUGGCCACCCACCCAUCCUUGGCAAGCUAGAGAUCCCAGCGGCCCUGGUGAACUACCUCCAACACCAGCCACGGUGCAGAGCCCAGCACUAGAGACACUUGCCCCACACCAGUGUCGAGCAGCCACAUUAAAAGCUGCUCUGAUACCUGCGUGGUGUGAA